UAAUAAUAAUCCGAUCAAUAUCCAAAAAAAGAAAAAGAAAAUACAAAAAUGGAAGAAAAAGAAGCGAUCUUCAUGUGUUGUUAAUGGCGGUUCGCGGCUCGUACACGCUCCCCUUUCUCAAUCUCUGUUCGUCAGAGAUAUUUUCAGUUUUCGCAUUUUUACCCUUCAGUGUAAGAAGCUGAGGGCUUGAGUACAUAAUACAGACGAAAAACGGAGAGUAGGUUUUGUUUAGGUGAUGUCUUUUGACGGAGACGUAAAGCAAUGGAAAUGUGUAAAGGGAAGUCAAGUGAAUUUUCAGAGAGUGAGUUCGAUUGUUCGGGAUAUCGGGGAGCCUUGUCUUCAUCAAUCACCUAUAAAGAUAAACAAAAUGCUUAAGCCAGAUAAGUGGCAGGCAACCUUUGACAGUGAUGGAAAGCUUUUUGGUUUUCGGAAAGUGUUGAAGAUGAUUAUUCUGGGGGGUGUGGAUCCGUCCAUAAGGUCUGAAGUCUGGGAAUUCCUUUUGGGUUGCUAUUCUUUGAGCAGCACUGCCGAAUAUCGUUCCCAGUUAAGGACAGCUAGAAGGGUUCGAUACAGAGACCUUGAGAAGCAAUGUCAAAUGAUGCACUCAAGCGUAGGAACUGGUUCGUUGGCGUAUGUUGUUGGGUCUAAAGUCAUGGACAUGAGGAUGAGUUCCAAAGAAGAUGAGGGAAAGGAAACUGAAGUCCAAAGCGAACGAAAUUCUGAAGCAACCAGUACUGCCAAAAUAAACGAUGACAAUGUUUUGAAUAGCAAAUGUACAGAUAAACUUAAUGCACGUCGAAAAGAAAGCUCAAGUGAUUCUGGUGACUUUGUAUGUGUUCGAAGAAGCACCAUGGGAGGAGCUUACGAUUCCUCUGGUCUUUUACCUUCUCCUGAUCCAUGCGAUGACAUUUCUCCCACUGGACACGGACCAGAUGAGUCAGAUUUUGCAGCUGAAAGUUAUUUGGAUUUUCCUGCUUUACCUGUUCUAGAUUUGUUUGAAGAGAAUACCAGAGAUAGAAAAGUACUUAGGUUACAUGAAGACAAAUGCUCAACGCGACGUAAAUUGAGAUAUGAAGAUGAACAUAUGCACAGUUUUCAGAUUAACAAUAAUGCGGAUCUUGUUGUGGAAUCACAUAAUUUACCAUCUAAUGAUGUCUCGUUACAUUGUAAUUCGAAAAGUGAAAUAACUCAUCCUGACAUACACGAAUAUCAAGCCGAAGAAAUGAUCGAUAGCCUUAGAGUAUCAGAUGCACCCGUAAUACCACCCAAAUAUGCAACAAAGCCCCAAGGAGCAAGUGCUAGUGAUGACAAAGUGUCUGAAUGGCUUUGGACACUGCACCGAAUAGUUGUUGAUGUAGUCAGAACAGAUAGCCAUCUCGAGUUUUACGAGGACACAAAAAAUUUAGCUCGGAUGUCGGAUAUUCUUGCUGUCUAUGCAUGGGUUGAUCCUGCAACAGGAUAUUGCCAAGGCAUGAGUGAUUUAUUAUCCCCCUUUGUUGUUCUCUUUGAGGAUAAUGCCGAUGCUUUUUGGUGCUUUGAGAUGCUUUUAAGAAGAAUGCGCGAAAAUUUUAAGAUGGAAGGGCCAACUGGUGUCAUGAAGCAGUUGCAAGCGCUCUGGCAUAUACUAGAAAUCUCAGACAGGGAGAUGUUCACUCACUUGUCCCAUAUUGGUGCUGAAAGUCUUCACUUUGCUUUUCGUAUGCUGCUUGUACUCUUCCGUCGCGAAUUAUCUUUCAAUGAAGCUCUUCGUAUGUGGGAGAUGAUAUGGGCAGCUGAUUUUGAUGUAUCCUCGACAGUUGUUCUCGAUGAGAACUGCCCGGAAAUAUUGGCUAUACAGUUACCUAAGGAAACAGAGGCUGAAUCUGGAGAAGAAAGCGUUGAGUGUAAUAACAGUGUGGGCCCCAAAAGUGGGUGUCCAUCAAAGCAUGCAACUGUGGAACGUUCCAUAUCUGACAACACAGGAAUCAGACCAGUAGCAACUAUACCAUUUUGUGGCUUGACCAAAACUUUCUGGUCAAGGAAUGACCGUUUUCAGAUUCGUACUCUUGUGUCUUCGACAAGAAACGGUGAUGAUGAAUUGCCCGUUUUCUGUGUGGCAGCUAUUCUCAUCAUGAAUCGUCAGAAAAUCGUCAGAGAAACUCAUUCGAUUGAUGACUUAAUCAAGAUAUUUAAUGAUAAUAUACUAAAGAUCAGAGUGAAGAGAUGUGUACGUACUGCAAUCAAACUGCGGAAGAAAUACUUUAACAAGCUAAUCAAGAAUAGGACUCCAGCAUCUCAGAAUGGCGGCAGUUAAAUUCUGAUCCUUGCUUUAUGAGUAGACGAGAAAAAUUGGUAUUCCAUUGCAUCUGAGAGCUUGCGAAUUGAAUUUUUUUAACGGAACUAUUUGUCAUCAUAGACUUGUAUUUUGGAGAAAAAAGGCCAUGCAGCUUUCGUGCUGCGAUGAAGCAUUCGACCUCCUUUUGAAGGCCUAUUACGAAGUCUCGUGUUUUGCUUUGAUUUGUCGCUUCAGAAUGCCGAUGCUGACAUAGGUUAGAUGAUAGUAGUAUAGAUUUUUAUGAUUUAUUUGUAUACUUGAGGAGUGAUUAUCAGCAAUUUUGAUCAGAGAUGAGUACUGUUACACAUUAAUUAAAAUUUUAUGUGCUCCAUUUUUCUCUUACAAGAAAAUCAAUUGUGUAAAAAGAUUUCAAAUCUGGACUAUAUUAUAAAUUUUGUCCUACUUGAUGUUGGGACUUGGGAUUUAAU